AGAAAGAGAAAAACAAAAAAAGUCUUCAACUACUAAAAAAUAAUUAUAGGAACUGGAAGAAAGCUAGAAUUGUGAAACAAAUGACCACCAUCAUCAUGAGCACUCUCACAUUCUUUUUGAAAGUUGAGACUCUCCCCAAAUUCCUUCUAGCAUAGACAUUUCUCAUUUAAUCUUCUGAGAUGCCAAAACAGAUUCAUUUUUGUUUCUAGAAAGGGUUCUUUUGACUUUUUUCCUUACUAUCUGCAAAACUAAUCAAGAAUUAUUCAGGGGGGAAAAAAAAAAAGAGGAGAAACUAAAGCACCUACAAGCCAAUGAAGCAUUAGAGGAAACCAGAUCCAAAUUAACCAUGAAAUGGCUUUGCACUUACAAAUCAACUUUGAACCAGCGAAUUUAGUACUCCUAAAAAUAUGCUUGGAACAUGAGCUCAUAGUCUCUUUUAUAAAAGACAGUCUUAUAAAAGAAAAAUAACCUUAAAAAGCCAACUGAUGAUGUGGAUGAAAUUGCUCCCUAAGAGGCAGUGACUUUUUGUGACGCCCCUCACCCACCAUGCUAGGCUUCCUUCAGACACUCAGUAAACAUUUGCUUGUAGAAUGAGCAUAUAACUAAGCAAUUUAAAUGCACACUGCAGGGUUCUUUAACAUAAAAUCUACUAACUGCUAAAUACCUGUCUGAAUUCAUUAAGCUGUUUUGUUCAGAUUAUUAGAUUUACUGUCAUAACUUGAAAGGAGAUGCAAUAUAUUGUUCAAUGAAAAAAUGACCAUGUACAAUACAGCAACAUUUUUAAGUGCAUGUACAUAUACACAGAACAUUUUAAAAACAUAUGUACCAAAAAUUUUAACAGUAAUCUCUUUUCAUAAUAAACAUUCCUCAUCUCUUUGCAUAAGUAAUAUCUCUUUGCAUAACAAACAUUGCUCUUCUGUUUCUAUUUCCAGACUUUUUUACAACGAGCCAAAAAGAGUAAAGAUAAAAUAAAACAUACUUUACCAGAUUAUGUUAAUUCACAUCAUUUUUGCUGUCAAUAGGUAUCUCAGCAAGGAUAAAACCUCAGCAAUUUUUUUAAAAUUAUAACUUGAAAGGCUAAGUGUUAGAAUGUAUCCUGCAGAAAUAUUUGUCUAAACACCUUAUUUCUUUAACUCAUAAUCCCUUUUAAGGCACAAACAUUAACUUUCUGGAAAUCAUAUGAUACAGAACACAUCAUGAGUACUUAAGAUAAAAAAGACUAGAUACCAUAAUGGACAAAUGAAACGCUUUCCUCUAAAAAUACUGACAAAUCUGAAUUGCUUAAGGAAGUAUAUGUGAAAUUUAAAAGAAUGUCUUUAGGAGACUUUCACACAGUUAAAGUAUUUGCAAACCACAGUUUCAUCUACGUCAAUACGCAGCAUUUAAAAACCACACAAAAAGGAAAGGAAAUUUUUAGCACAGCCAGCAGCCCUGCAAUGGAGCUACUACUGCUGCAGUUAACCCAACAGCUCAUGCUUCUCUGAAGACUGGAGAUAGGCCUGCUAAGACUCAGGGAAUAUACAUCCAGAUUCUUGGGAUUUUUUUUGACAGUCAUCCUUACUUGCCCUCAAGAUGAGAAACAGUUCUUUCUCCUGCCCAGUGUACAGAGACCUGGAGCCAUUCACAUAUUUUUAUUAUCUAGUUUUCCUUGUUGGAAUUAUCGGAAGUUGUUUUGCAGCCUGGGCUUUCACACAGAAAAACACAAGUCACAGGUGUGUAAGCAUAUACUUAAUUAAUUUGCUUAUAGCCGAUUUCCUGCUAACUCUGGCAUUACCAGUAAAAAUUGUCGUGGACUUAGGUGUGGCACCCUGGAAGCUAAGGAUAUUCCACUGCCAAGUAACAGCCUGCCUUAUCUACAUUAACAUGUACUUGUCAAUUAUCUUCUUAGCAUUUGUCAGCAUUGAUCGCUGUCUUCAGCUGAUGCACAGCUGCAAGAUUUAUCGAAUACAAGAACCUGGAUUUGCCAAAAUGAUAUCAACUGUUGUGUGGCUAAUGGUCCUUUUUAUAAUGGUACCAAACAUGCUGAUCCCCAUCAAAGACAUCAAGGAAAAGCCAAAUGUGGGUUGUAUGGAAUUCAAGAGGGAGUUUGGAAGAAACUGGCAUCUGCUGACAAAUUUCAUAUGUGCAGCUAUAUUUUUAAAUUUCUCUGCCAUCAUUUUAAUAUCCAACUGCCUUGUAAUUCGACAACUCUACCAAAACAAAGAUAAUGAAAAUUAUCCACAUGUGAAAAGAACUCUAAUCAACCUACUUUUAGUGACUACAGGCUAUAUCGUAUGUUUCGUUCCUUAUCACAUUGUUCGAAUCCCAUACACACUCAGCCAAACAGAAAUCAUAUUUAACUGUAAAACUAGAAUUUCACUCUUCAAAGCCAAGGAGGCCACACUGCUGCUGGCUGUGUCGAAUCUGUGUUUUGAUCCCAUCUUAUACUAUCAUCUCUCAAAAGCAUUCCGCUUAAAGGUCACUGAAACUUUUGCCUCACGUAAGGAGACCAAGGCUCAAAAGGAAAAACGAAAAUGUGAAAAUGAUGCAUAAGAUAUGGGAUUUUUCAUAUGUGAUCACUUCCUGCUUUACUGGACAACAAGUACAAACUUCUGGGGAAGAGGGGAAAAGAAAAAAAGAACACCUCAGCAAGUCAGCAAAUGUGGCCUGGUUUAUUUAGAAACUUUCUAAAUGUGAAGCAAGCUUGUACUCUUGUCGUCGUUGAUACUCUUUAACCGAAAUAUUUGCAAAAAGACUAAAGGGUCUUGUUGAACCAAUGAAAACUCCUGCACUGUCUUUGAAAUCCAAAUGAGGGCUGUGACAUAGAGUCAACGAUAUUCAUGAGGUCUUCAUUAAAAUGCCUGGAAGUGGCUUCUUGAUAAAAAUAAUACAAAAUGACCUCCAUGUUAGUUUCCAGAAAGUGCUUCGGCAACACAAUUUUAAAAGGCUUCCAAUCUGGCCUGUAUCUCUAAGUCAACUCUGCAAAUUAACUCACUACCCUCUCCCCCUACAUGGGACAUGAUUCCCAGGGGUGUAAGUCUUCCUGGCAAAGUGGGACAUGACUCGCAGGGAUGAGCCCGG